AUGAGCAGGAGAGGAAGGGCGGCAGUGCCGCUGCUGCUGCUGCUGCUCAUGUGCUACUUUGUGCCAUGCUCGACGAGCAAGGAGCAGGAACGAGAUCAGGCGGCGCAGAGCUCCAGACUGUUGAGAGAGUCGCUGCGAGCUGAGGCAGAGGGCAGGUUGAACGAUGCCAUCGCCUUGGCUGCAAAGAUGCCGCAAGAUGUUUUCGCGGUGUUCAGACAGGGGAAACUGAUGAUGAAGAAAGGAGACUUCAGAGCAGCACAUGCUGCGUUCUCUGCCGUAGAACAGGUACAGGAGAUGAAGGCAAGCAUCGCCUAUUGUUUGAAAGCGCUUCAAGUUUCUCCCCUUGAUCUGCGUGCAAACAGCAUCUUGAAGAGGAUUUUGAGAGCACCUGGUCCUUUUCCGCUCGAGGUGCAAGAGGUGCAGAGGCAGUCUCAAAACGCCAUAUUACAAUCCCACCUCCGAGGUGGCUUCGUUCAUCAGCAUGAAAGAAUGCAGAGUAAAGUUACAGACAUCUCCUACAAUGGUAAACAAGUGCGGCUGGUGUCUUCUGCUAAUUCUCUUUAUUUCCAAUGCCUCGCAAACCUCGUUGGAUCCAUUCAGCUCCGAGAGCCGAACUUGAACAUCACUAUCUACGACAUGGGAUUCGAUGAGCUGGAGAGUAUGGUUGUCAGCGACUGGAAAAAUGUUCAACUCGUUCGAUUCCCCUUUGAAAGCUACCCUCCGCAUGUCCGAAACCUGAGGAACUAUGCUUGGAAGCCCUUGGUGUAUCGUGAAGCGCUCAUGAGAGAUUCGAUGAUCCUGUAUCAGGAUGCUGGACAGGAGCUCUGGCAACCUGUCGGUCUCAUCGAGGACAUCAUAGCCAGAGAUGGUUAUUUCUUCGUCAUGCAGGGUGAGAAGACCUUGCCGGAAAAGAUACAUCCUGCGAGCAUGCAGUUUCUGGGGUUCGAGGCCAACGAUUUGCGUGGGAAGGAUAUGUGCGCUGGCGGCAUUCAGGGGUACAUGAACACGAGCCGUGCAGUACAGGAGGUGCUGGGAAGCACAAUCAAAUGCGCCCUCGAUGAAGACUGUAUCGCCCCGAAGAAAGCUGAUCAGUCGAACCAUCGUUUUGACCAGGCCAUCUUCUCCAUGUUCAUGUCAAGACACUUAUACAGGUUGAGAAGUGUUGACUUCACUAUCACCGUUGACAACCUGCCCAGGUGCCACUGCUCAUGGAUCUUUCGAGCGUAUUUGGAAACUGCGCGAUUGAAGGAAGCAGAUGUAUUCGAUGUCCGUGACGGAUUUGGACAUUUCUAUCCUCUUCUCUUCUCAAGGAGAUGCGGGAGCAAUCAAAGCUACUUCCCAAUUUUCCGACACAUGUAA